GUGAAAGUCAAAGGGAGUGAAGAAUGGUCGCAGGCCUGUAUCCCUCGGUUCUGCUUCUGAUGGGAUUACAAAGGCAAUUAUGUGGUGGGACAGUAAUCUACUCAUCAGUAGGGGCCAGUGUGGCUCUACCAUGUGGCACAAAUGCCCACAGAUCCUGCUCAGCAGUCCUUUGGAGAUUCAGGGAGAUGUUCAUGUUUGAUGAUGAUUUAGUCCAAGAUGGGAAGGUGACAGACAUCAAGACGAACAGAGCCAGGAGACUGAGGGUGGGUCCAGACUGCUCGCUGCUCAUAUCUAAUCUGACUUCAGAGGAUGGAGGACAGUACACCUGCCAGGAUGGAGCCAUCUCUCCCAGCACAAGUCUUCAGCUGCUCAACAUUACCGUGACCCCAAACACUGGCCUCAUUGCCAGAACAACAGUCUCUCUAAAUUGCUACUUGUCUGUCGCCACUGGCCUUGUGUUUUGCAACCACACUGGGAUAAGUUUCCGCUGGGUAAGUGAGAAUGGUGCCGAGUUAUGGGGCAACAGGUAUAAGAUCUCCCAUCUAUCUGCAUGCCACUCCACAAUGGCAGUGGAACUCACAAGGACAGACCAUAAUAAGCACUGGAGGUGUCAACUGAUUGAGGGGAAGGAAGUGAAGACAACACAGAGCUAUGUCACCAAACUCAUAGAUGGUGUAGAGGAAGUGUUUGCAUCAGUGGGAGGGUCUGUGACUUUGCCCUGCACUGACAUUGCAACCCCUGGCGCAGGAGAAAUUUUUCAGUGGUCUGUUGGAGAAAAGACACUGAUCACUCAGAUCCAGGAAGAUCAUGUCACAUCGUCAGAUGAGAAUGAUGCCACAACCCUGGCCGACAGAAAGAUCCAAGGUUUUAUAAUGAAGCCAGACUCUUCAUUACUAAUUAAGUCUGUGACCCCAGCACACUCCGGGUAUUACCAGUGUUCACAACUCAAUGGCUCAGGCCUCAUCUUCACACACAGAAGAAUACUGUUCCACACACUGGAGGUUCCCAAUUCUCUCUCAGUGAAUAGAGACCACGCCGGUGUUCCUCCCCAGCAAAACUUCAGCUUCACUCUAACCUGCUCACUCACCUGCGCAGAUGCCUGUGAUAAAAACAUGAAUUUGACUUGGAGUCACAGUGCAGGAGGCCACCAAGGUGCCAGCAGUGUUGUGCAAGUAAACAACACCCUGAUCUCCCAGCUGUUUGUCCCUGAGCUUCGGGUCUCGGAGAGGCUUGCGUGCAUCGUGCUGAGAGAGGGGGCUGAAAAAGCCAGGCAAGAGUGGGCAGUACAAGCGGAUUAUGCUUUGCCUGUUAUAGUAAGCUGCGUCCUUCUACUGAUACUGUUACUCUGUGUUGCUGUUAUGGGAACCUGUUGGAAGAGGAAGCACAAGACACACACUGUCUUGUUCUAUGUGACGGCCCUCCCCACUCUGUCUGUGUUGCUCCAGAGCCAGAUGGCUCUUUAUGAGGAGUGUGGGGAGCCAGCCUGUAGGACAGAUCCAGAGAAAAGGAACCUGGAAGGCGAACAGUCAGAAGCAAUAAGCACCGUUUAUGUCCUGCAGUCAGCUGUGAACCAGGAAUAACCACUGCCUACAACCACUCUCAAUCUGUCUUUGCCAAGCUCAAUCCACCCCUGGUUCACUCUAUUAUUUUUGCAACAGAGCCUAGCAUAUGACAAGUCGGUGCAUGUAAUAGUUCUUAGCUUGUCUUAGGUUCACUUUUUUCAAGAUUUCUGAAAAUGUCUAUAUUUGGUGUGUUGUAAGAAAACAUUCUUAUAGCCAGCAAGGUCAUUAAGUUGUCAUUCACCUGUUUCGUGACAAGUCACAAUUUUCAGCCAGUUAUGGCAAUUAAUUAUUUGUAAGAAUGGUAGGUAAAACUAAUACAUCAAUAGAGCUGUGAUUUGCAUCUGACACAAUUGCAAAAUGCUUGAAUAUUGACAUUCAAUGUGACCCUUUAGGAGAUGGAGUUGAUGCAUUUCAGCUGCAGUGUUCCUUGCAUGUGUACAAGUGGCACAGUCGUGAGUGUCUCACAUUGAAUUGUCAUGCUUUUUUAAAGCCUUUCCAACAGGAAAAAGAAGCAACAGGAAGUGAGAAAGCUAUAUUAAUUAACCGGGAAGUAGAAUAGAAUAAUAAUAGAAUCUGUGUGUGUGUGUAGGUGUGUGUGUAUGGACUGACCUCCAGCUGUGGGUGAAGGCUGUGGUGGUGCCGUUGCUUUGCAGGCUACCUAGUAGUUCUCUGGUGACUGUGAGAGUGUGUGUAUGUCUGAUAUAUGCCAACAACCAACAUGUCAGCACAUUUUUAUCUGUGGUAAUAAAACCAUAAACACAAUCUGAACACAAACUCCUUUUUUUCUAUUUAAAUUUAGAUAAAUAAUCAUAUCAAGGCUGACCCGGAUGUACCUUAUCAGACCUGUGUUUUGUAGUUGUUCCAAUGACCUUCGGUGUGCACCUAUUGUAUGCUGCUUUGGAUGAAUGUGCCUGCCAAAUAAAUGUAAUGUCAUGUA